AAUGGCCUAAACACAGUGAUUAAGAGCGAACAGCAGAUCCAGACUGUGUGGGUUCAAAUCUCUGCUCUGCUACUUGAGGUGAACCUUGGGCAAGUUACUUCAUCUCUCCUGCCUCAGUUUCCUCAUCAGCAAAACUGUGAUCAUGAUAAUACCUCUCCCCUACAGGUAGCUUUGGGGAUUAAACAAGUUAAUAUUUGUAAAACAUCUGAUAUAGUUUCUAGCACAAAGUAAGCACUAUAUGCAAGUUCAUAAAACGAAUGAACAGUUAUAAGGUUAUAAGCCGUGGAGGGCAAUAUGGCAAUAUCUGUGUAUAUUAAAAACAAAUACAGACUUUGACCACUGAUCCUACUAGGAUUUAAUUCUUCAGGUAUCACCGAUCCUCGGUGCAGUGUCGUUUAGACGAGCAAAAUAUUCAGAACAACCUAGAUGUCUAUCGAUAGGGAACAUUUUACAGAUUAUUUAAUGGUACCCCUCUGUUUAUAUGCUGAUAAAAAGAAUGAGGCUAGGUACCACAGGGGGCCUUCGCCGCCGCCGCCCCCACCACCACCUCCGCCGCCAUCGCCACCGCCGCCGCCACCACCACCACCGUCACCUCCGCCGCUGCCUCCUUGGGGCCCUCCUCCUUCACCGCCCCCUUCGCCACCUCUACACAUUUUAGGCCUUCUGUCCUGGAAAAGAAGCUAUAGUCGGUCUCCCUUGUGGGCCCGGGGCGCAGCCAUGGCGGACGGCGGCGGCGGCGGGGGAACUGGCGCGGUGGGCGGCGGCGGAACGGGCCAGGCCUCUGCCGGGGCAGCGACUGGCGCUACUGGGACCAGCGGGGGCGGGGGCCCCAUCAACCCGGCCUCGCUGCCUCCCGGCAACCCGCAGCUCAUCGCUCUUAUCGUGGAGCAGCUCAAGAGCCAGGGCCUUUUUGACAGCUUCCGCCGGGACUGCCUGGCCGACGUGGACACCAAGCCAGCUUACCAAAACCUGAGGCAGAAAGUGGAUAAUUUUGUGUCAACACAUCUGGACAAGCAGGAAUGGAAUCCUACGAUGAACAAAAACCAAUUGCGAAAUGGUCUGAGGCAGAGUGUGGCUCAGUCAGGCACGUUGGAAGCUGGAGUAGACAGGAUUAUUUCUCAGGUGGUGGAUCCAAAACUUAACCACAUCUUCAGGCCACAAAUAGAACGAGCAAUUCAUGAGUUCCUGGCGGCCCAGAAAAAAGCAGCUGUGCCAGCACCCCCUCCAGAGCCCGAAGGCCAGGACCCUCCAGCUCCAUCUCAGGACACUUCCUAAGAAUAUGCCGGACACCUUUUGAAAGCUAAUUUUUGGUGAAGAAAUGGAUUCAGUUACGUAAGAGUGCAACUUCAGACUGAAGAUAGGCCAAGGUUGUCACUGAUCUCAAGAUUUCAACCUUGACCAUGGGCAGUGACCAGAUUAAAAGGGGAGCAAGUUCGGCAGUGGGAGAGUUGACCAUGUCACCCCCUGCAUUGUGCUGCCAUUUGGCCAGCCUGUCCGAGGGCAUGACACCAAGUAGACACUACAGAGAGAGAAACACUACAGCAACCCAGGGUUGUCCUGAAACAGACUUUUAUACUUGAACAUGGAGACUACGCAUGGACUUUAGGGUUUGUGCUGUGGGAUAAACGGAAGCUACAGUGAGAACAUAGCCAGUCCCAAAGACAAUUUCAAAGAACAAUGACAGUAAAGGUUAGCUGGGAGUUGUCUUUGACAGUGCUUAUUUGAUACUGUCUCUCAGAGUUUGCAGACCGGAUUGUACAAGUCAUUAGCGUCAGAUAGCUUUAAAGUUGUGACCUUCUUGUACAGGAAUCUUCUAGCCAGUUUCCUUUCCUUCGUAAUAAGUAACGAAACAUGAAAUCCUAGAAUGUGUGAGAAGUUCAGACAUUAGGCAUAAGGAAACUUGUUUGCAGGCUCUCUGUCCAGGGCUGCUUCCUGUCCUGGAGGGGCCAGUGAGUCUUAGGUAUGUUUAUUUUAUUCUCACAUUUGUGUUUUUUUAGAAAAGUGAAUGGUCAAUAAAUGGCUUAUCUUUCAUAAUAAAAAAAAAAAAA